CGUUUCGCAUAUCGUUUCAACUUGCACAGAAUUCGGUGAGAAGUGAAUCGAAAGGAAUUAUUAGUUAGUUAGUGGAAUGCGAUUCACUCUUCUUUCGCGGGUGCCUGUUCCUUUUCUCUCUACCGCCUUGCUUAAAUUCAAAUCUGUCCCACCUUCCACUAGGGUUUAUCGCAUGGCCGCUGCACCUUCUUCCGCGGCGGUUCGCGACGCCGCUCCGUCUGCUUCCUCCGUCAUUGAUUUUCUCUCUAUCUGUCACCGCCUCAAGACAACAAAGAGAACAGGGUGGGUACGAAAAGAUGUUAAGAAUCCGGAAUCUAUAGCUGAUCAUAUGUAUCGAAUGGGUCUGAUGGCUCUCAUUGCAUCAGAUGUUCCUGGUGUAGACCGAAACAAGUGCAUUAAAAUGGCUAUUGUCCAUGACAUUGCAGAAGCAAUUGUUGGGGACAUAACACCAAUGGAUGGAAUUUCUAAAUCAGAAAAGAAUCAACGAGAACAAGCAGCACUAGAUCAUAUGUGUGAAGUACUUGGAGGAGGAUCUACAGCAAAGGAAAUAGCUGAGUUGUGGAUGGAGUAUGAAGCGAAUUCUUCUCCAGAAGCUAAAUUUGUUAAGGACCUUGACAAGGUGGAGAUGAUACUCCAAGCUUUGGAAUACGAAGAUGAGCAGGGGAAGGAUUUGGAUGAAUUUUUCCAGUCAACUGCUGGGAAGUUUCAAACUGAAACUGGCAAAGCUUGGGCCUCAGAGAUAGUAUCAAGAAGGAAGAAUAAAUAAAUCCCCCUGUAUGGAUCUCCUUGUCGAUGGUAAAGGGAUUGGUGGGGUUGUAUGUGGUUUGAUGAUGUGGUUUUUCCGUUUUUUUGGUCAGUGGCAUGAAUAGUAGUGUAAUAGACUAAUAGUUGGUAGAGGUAUAAUAACAACGGCAAGAUGUACGGACCUCCUAAAAAAAGAGAAAUGGAAGCUGUGCAUGAAGCAGCAUAGAACAAUCAAAUUUGUUCAACUAUUUCUAACCUUCAUUAGUACACAUUAAAAUAACUGGACGGAAACUAUUGUUGAACUUUAAAUGGAUAGAUUCCGUGGACUUCAUAUGGGUGAUUGUUGCUUGCAAUGGAGAAGCUUAUGGCUUUGAGCAAUUA